AUGUCGGAUUGCCGCUGCGAUAAUAUCAGUCUCCCUCAAGUUUACACGUCACUUGGGGUCGACAAGGGGAUGCUCGCGUCGGCUGGAGCUCACCGUCUGGCAUCCUCCGCAUCCCCAGAAAGCCAUCCGAUGGACGGCCCAAUAGCGGUGCAGCAAUGGGCGGAUGCGACCAGGCUUCCAUUCACACCCCAUGCCCCCGAGGCGAGCAUCACCCGACGCGAGCAUCCCCUUGUCGACCCCAAGUGA